ACCGGCGGAGUUCCUCCUUUAAAUAGCGGAGCUCGCCUCAGCCAUUCCCCCCCCAUUCCUCUCCGCUCCAACCUCCCCGCAAGCGAAUCAAGCCACCCCCGAUCCCCGCCCUCCAUUCCCGGGCGGGAGACAGCGCCGCCGCCAGCCAUGGGAAUGGGGCCGCUCGAGAACGCCGCCUCGGCCGUCGAGGCCGCGGCCGCGGUGGAGGCCGCCCUCCUCCCCUCGGCCGCCGCCGUCGCCGCGGCGGCCGCGGCCGCCCCGACCGCGCCCUCGGCGGGGUCCUACGCGGUGCUGCAGUGCGGCGAGGACUCGGAGUACGUGCGCAAGGCGUACAACGGCUACUUCCAGGUGUUCCGGGCGCUGCUGGAGGAGGACGGCGAGGCGUGGCGCGUCUACCGCGCCCCCCGCGGGGAGCUCCCCACCGACGCCGAGGCGGCCGGCUUCGACGGCUUCGUCAUCUCCGGGAGCUGCGCCGACGCGCACGGCGACGAGCCCUGGAUCCUCGCGCUCGUCGACCUCAUCCGGCGGCUCCACGCCGCCGGCAAGCGCAUCCUCGGCGUCUGCUUCGGCCACCAGAUCCUGUGCCGUGCGCUGGGCGGGAGGACCGGGCGGUCGGCCAAGGGGUGGGACAUCGGCGUGAGCUGCAUCCACCCGACGGCGGCGGCGGCGAGGCUGUUCGCGCCGCUGAAGCUGCCGGUGCACAUGCCGGUGAUCGAGUUCCACCAGGACGAGGUGUGGGAGCUGCCCCCCUGCGCGGAGGUGCUGGCGCGGUCGGACAAGACCCGCGUCGAGAUGUUCCGCCUCGGCGACCGCGUCAUGGGCGUCCAGGGCCACCCCGAGUACAGCAAGGACAUCCUCAUGAGCAUCGCCGACCGCCUCCUCCAGCGCGACCUCAUCCUGGACUGCCAGGUGGACGUGGCGAAGGCGAGCUUCGACGUGCGGCAGCCGGACAAGGAGCUGUGGAAGAAGGUGUGCAGGGGCUUCCUCAAGGGGAGGCUCCAGUCGCAGCAGCAGCAGCAGCAGCUGAAGCAGCAGGCGGUGGCGCUAUAGCAUGCUGCUACACUAGUUCAUGGGGAGGGGAGGGAGCAAAGUUAAAAGGCGGGAAAUUGGGGAGUAUUGGGGAUGCCUAGGUUAAUUCAUCCUUAUUUUGUGCUUCAGAGCUCAGAGUUUGUACAGGAACUACUACUUAUCCGAAGCAUUAAUAAAAGAGAAAAAAAUGGUUGGUUAGUUUUUUAGUCAA